AUGGGGCGCAGGCAGCAAGCUGAAAGGGCUUACAUGCAGAAGGAUCUGAAGAUCAGUCGACACAUCAACUGCAGCAGUUCGCCUAGUAAACUGUUCCCCCACAUAAGUCGCGACAUCUUGACUCUUGACCUCAGUGACAUCGAUGACGUCACAUUGUACGCCAAGUUUCAGACCAUAUGCGAUUUUAUAGAACUCAACUACGGACGUGCAAAAGGCGUCCUCAUAUACUCCGACCAUGGAGUGAUUAGGAGUGCAGUUGUUGUUAUGGCCUACAUCAUAUACUGCUACUUAUCAUCCUAUAAUGAUGCUUACAGGUUUAUAAAGGGCUGCUGUCCGAAGGUUUGCCUGGAGAACAAGUUCAAACCGCAGCUGCUGAAGUGGGUUGAGGAUGUCAAGACCAAUCCAUUUGCCAUUCGGAGGUACCAAAAAUCUACCGAACCCAAUUUACUAAAACUGCCAAUAAUUGACCAAUCGAAAGUGCCCCAGUCGUCCUUUAUGUACACCCAUGAACAUCACCCGGAGGCCAGUUUACACAGCUACAGACACUCACGCGCCAGAAAGAGCACCGACGCCACCUACAAAAACCUCAAAGCCAGUGAGAGGUUGAUUUGGGAUAUCAAGUACUCCGUGAGUAAUUUGGGAUCAAAGGAGAAUGCCUACUGUCCGUCUGUUACAUCGUCCGCUUGCAGUUUAGUGAAAGUUGGGAGGAUUGAUAGAGAGAAGGACAACAUGGAGGUGGAUCCGGGAAUUAAAUUUAAAUUCCUGGAACGAAAGAAGAAAAUAGAACGACAGAAGCAAAAGUUGAAAGAAAAAAAAAGAAAACUGAAAGCAGAGAGAAGACAGUUGAUGGAAGAAGCCACGAAAAUGAAAGAGAUUGAAAAGGAACAGUCAAUUAGCGAGUCUAGGGAGAGAAUGGCCAGCGUGACUGAGUCACAGAGUCCCAUCGAAGCCGUGUACAGCCCUUUACCCCCCACCAAAGAGGACGGGCUGCUGGAUCUGUUGGCGGAACACGAAAAAGGGGCGGAAAAGGAAGAAAAGGCAGAAGAAGAAGAAGGGGGAGAUGAAGAUGAAGAAGAAGAAGAAGAGAAAUAAUGAUGAAAAAUCACUUCCUAUUCUUCUACAAUGACGACGAAGUGGUUCUUGACGAGGACAAAAUAAUCGAAGAAUUUAGCGACGAAAGCGACGACGACGAUGAUGACGUCAAUGUUGAUUUACUAGACCUUUCAUCUGAAGAUGAAGACGGCGAUGAAGAAGCCAUCGAAGAUGAAAAACCCGACAAAAUUAUUCACCAAAAACCGGCUUCCAUAUCGUCAGAGGUUGACAAAUUGAAAGAUUCGUACGAACAGUUGAGAAAAGAGGGAGCUGACGCUUUAAGAAAUGAUGGCGAAAAUAAUGACGUAGAUGAUAGUAAGUAUGAUGAAGAAGAAUUCGAAGAAGAGGAGGAACACGACGACGGCGACGUUGAUGGUGCCGGCGAUGACGAAGGGGUGAGAGAAAUUAGAGAUCUAGUUUCAGCCGAUGUUAAAAAAGACGAUACAUUCAUUGAGGAUUUAAUUUCUAAGACGGUUGAUCUUUUCAAAAAUGGCACAGAAGUGACGGUGGUGAGCCAAGAUGCAUCGAGAAAUGUUUCGAAAUACGGUGACGAAGACGACGAGGAGGAAGAGGAGGAGGAAGAUGAGAAGGAGGAAGAAGAAGAAAGUGAUGACAUACAUACUCAGGAUGAUUUAAAUUUGGGGAAAAUGAACGACGGCUUGGAGGGCCGUCAAGCGCUUGCAUUAGAAGAAUUUGCUUUAGAAGAAAUUAUUCUUGGUCAUGAACUCGAUCAAAACAAGUCAGAAAACUGAAAUUUCGGUCGAUAAACUGACGAUCCAAAAUGCAUGAAAUGAAUGUUACGCAUGUUCUAUUUUUUUAAAUGUUUUGGAACGUUUCAUCUUUUUUUCUGUUUUAGCUUUAGUGAUUUUCUAUUAUAACAUUAAUGUAAAACUCAUUUUAACUAUGUU